CAAACCGAGCGGGACCGAAAAGGUAAACAAAAUAUUUCACCAAAGGUGCUCUGUUUUAUUUUGAACAAAAAAGUUGCAAGUCGCGCUGCAGCAUAAUCGUUCCGCAGCUAGGCCCGUGUAGGAAGCCCCUUCAUUUUACUAUGUUUAUAAAUGUGAUUAGAGGAAGUGAAAGUAAAUUCCGACCGUGUACGUUUCACUCGCUUCGUUUCAUCUCUAGCACGAAUGGGUUGUCGAAUGGGACAGCAGGAAACACGUUGCACAGUGUUAGAGAACGGUCGUGCAUCGUCGGCGGUAGCCACCGGUACGGUGCGGCAGGAUUUCGUAAUCAACAGCUGAUAGCCGGCAAUCUGUGGCUGGGACCGACAGCGUCGAGCUACCGCUUUGCCAGCAGCGGUAAAGCUGAUGAAGACAAAGGUGGUGCAAUUAGCGAGAGCUCCGACAAGCCGAAUGAGUCGGUUGCGAAACAGGCCAAGCUGAAGCUACGAUCGUCCGAUGUGAAGCGGCUGCUGGAGUUUGCGAAAUCCGAGCAAUGGAACAUCACAGGUGGCAUUGGAUGUUUGAUAAUUUCAUCCGCAAUCACCAUGUCGGUCCCGUUUGGGCUGGGCAAAAUUCUGGACAUCAUCUACGCCAGCUCGGCUGAGACGGGCAUAGCAAAGGAAAAGUUGGACCAGUUCUGUCUACUUCUCGGGGGGAUAUUCCUACUCGGAGGACUUGCAAACUUUGGCCGCGUUUAUCUAUUCAGUAAUGCUUCACUACGAAUAACGAAAAACAUCCGUGCGAAGGUGUACAGUUCCAUGCUGAACCAGGAAGCCGGUUGGUUCGAUCGGAAAGGCACGGGCGAGCUGGUCAACCGGCUUUCCUCCGACACGUACCUGGUGGGCAACUCGCUCAGCAUGAACCUGUCCGAUGGGUUGCGGUCGUCGGCAAUGAUACUGGCCGGCACCGGAAUGAUGAUCUACACCUCGCCCCAUCUUGCGCUGGUGGGAAUGUGUAUUGUGCCUUGUGUAGCGGGCGGAGCGGUCGUUUACGGCCGGUACGUGCGUAACAUUACGCGCGAGUUGAUGGACAAGUAUGCGGAAAUUAUGAAGGUUGGCGAGGAACGGUUGGGCAAUGUGAAGACGGUGAAGGUGUUCUGCAAGGAACGGUUCGAGAAGCAACUGUUCUCCGAGCAGCUGCUGGAUGCGCUCAACAUCGGCUACCGGGAGACGAAAGCGCGUGCAACGUUCUAUGGAAUGACGGGACUGUCGGGAAAUAUUAUCAUCCUGUCGGUCCUUUACUACGGUGGCACGAUGGUAAACAACUCGGAAAUGACGAUAGGAGCCCUCACCUCGUUCAUCCUGUACGCCGGCUACACGGCCAUCUCGAUAGGAGGAUUAAGUAAUUUCUACACGGAACUGAAUAAGGGUGUCGGUUCGGCCAGCAGGCUGUGGGAAAUUAUCGACCGGAAGUACACAAUCCCGAUCGAAGGAGGAAUCGAGGUUACCACAGCGCCGGAAGGACAGAUUCAGUUCCGUGACGUCGUGUUCCACUAUCCAUCCCGACCGGAUGCACCCAUCCUGAACGGGGUAAACCUGACAAUCGAGCCGGGCACCUCGACAGCCGUUGUAGGACGCAGCGGAUCCGGCAAGUCGACCAUCGCCUCGUUAAUGCUAAGGCUUUACGAUCCCCAACAAGGCUCGGUGCGACUGGACGGAACCGACCUGCGUGAUCUGAAUCCAUCCUCGUUACGACGCCAUAUCGGGGCAGUAAAUCAGGAACCGGUACUGUUCAGCGGCAGCAUACGGGAGAACAUUCUGUACGGCUUAAAUAUGGGUGAAAAAAUAUCCGAAAGCAGCUUCCAGCGCGUGGUGCGGGAAGCGCACGUCGACGAAUUCGUGCGGAACUUCCCGGACGGGCUGAACACGCUCGUCGGACAGCGGGGUGUAAUGCUGAGCGGUGGCCAAAAGCAACGGGUAGCGAUUGCGCGUGCCAUCAUACGGAACCCAAAAAUACUCAUUCUCGAUGAGGCCACUAGCGCGCUGGACGCAGUGUCGGAGGAACUGAUACAGAACGCCCUGGAACAGUUGACCAAAAACCGUACCGUGCUGACGAUCGCGCAUCGGCUCAGUACGAUCCGGAAUGCGACCAACAUUGCGGUGCUGCAGGACGGGCGAAUUGUCGAGCACGGCAAUUACGCGGACCUGAUCGCAACCGACGGUGGUGUCUUCCGGGAGCUGGUGCAAAGACAAACGUUCAGCUCGGCUGUCGUUAGCUAAUAGGUAAUUGUUGUUUUCCUACCUGUUCGAUUCUACAUAAUUAGAUGCGGUGUUGUUUCGUUCCGGUUUUGUUGUUAUUUUGUCCCUUUUUGUACAACAUUUUUUCCCCGGCGUGUUCCGGCACGUGCUGCACGUGGAGCGAAGGACUUCGGUUGUUAGUAUUUAUUUACUUUGAUUUCGAUCGAAUUCUACAACACAGUUUUAGACAUUUUUAUUUACUAUUCUUCCGUGAUUUGUUGAAAUAUAGGUGGAGAGUCCUUGCUCACACUAUCUCUCGUAUACACGGGAGGAUACUGACACUAUUAGAUGAAUAGGGCAAGGUGGAAUCGGGAAUGGAGAAUUAUUGAACAAUCAAGAAGAGUUU